CUAUACACAGCGGUGGUUCUCGAUCCUUGUUCAGCUUGUGGAAAAGAGUACUUUGCAUUGAGUGACCAUGGCGAUGGCGUCACACCAGGUGUGACCUUAUUUGUGUGGAUGCAAACAUACCUACCCUCGACAUUUUACAACACAAUUAGCUGUAGGCGUCCACAUACCAGCUCUCAUACCAACAGAAAAGACAAAUAUCAAGUACACUUUGUAGUUUGAUUUAUAUAUGUAUUUAGUGCACUAGUGCACAUCCCCUUAAACUAUCGCUCUUGGAUCUAUCCAAAUAGCGUGUUGGGUUACAAAAGGCGUGGCGUGCCACUUUAACCAGCAGGUGAGACGACAGACGGACAGGAGGGAUCUCCCGGGAUACGCGCACUUUAUACGUCUUAAAGACGGACGAGGGGCAGCGCAAACAUGAACUGGGGCUUCCUGGAGAACGUGCUGAGCGGCGUGAACAAGUACUCCACCGUCAUCGGUCGCAUCUGGCUCUCCAUCCUCUUCAUCUUCCGCAUCCUGGUGUACGUGGCGGCCGCCGAGCAGGUGUGGAAGGACGAGCAGAAGGACUUCACCUGCAACACCCGGCAGCCGGGCUGCGAGAACGUCUGCUACGACCACCUGUUCCCCAUCUCCCAGACGCGCCUUUGGGCCCUGCAGCUCAUUAUGGUGUCUACCCCGUCCCUCCUGGUGGCCCUGCACGUCGCAUACCGGGAGCACAAGGAGUCCAAGUGCGGCCACACGCUCUACGAGGACCGGGGCAGGAUCGACGGGGGGCUGCUUGGCACCUACAUCGCGAGCAUCAUCAUCAAGACCUUCUUCGAGGUGGCCUCGCUGCUCGCCUUCUACUUCCUGUACAGCGGGUUUGAGGUGCCCCUGUUGUACCGCUGCGAGGAGAGCCCCUGCCCCAACAUAGUGGAUUGUUACAUCGCCAGGGCCACGGAGAAAAAGAUCUUCCUGUACAUCAUGGGAUGUACGUCCGUCCUUUGCAUUGUGCUGAAUGUGGUCGAGCUUUUCUAUAUUCUAUGGAAGCAGUGCUCCAAGUACUUUAACAAGCGUUAUGUCUCCGUGGAAGAGAGGCAACGCAGACGCCACAGGUUUAUGGUUUCUAAUUACAAUCUGCCUGUUUCUAACGUCAGCAAGCCCGCAUCCCCGCAGGCUCCACCCGGGCCGAACAAGGGCCUCAGGCGAUCAGAGCCGUCCUGUACACAAAGCCUCCCACAUCUGAUGAGACAUUGAAUUAAGCGUCCCACGGUGUUGGAUGUUAAUCGUAAGCAAACUGAAAGGAAUGACCAUGUGGGAUCCAACAACAUGCCAUGUCACACAGUUGGCCUAAGCUAGGCACAACAGCCGUUAUCUGUAUGGAAGGCAAAAUCGUAUUCUUGUAUUUUAUGCAACAAAGAUUUCCUUGUGCCUGUAGGAAGUACAUUACAACUAAUAUUACUAAAUAUAUAUAUAUAUAUAUAUAUAUAUAUAUUUUUUUUAGUAAUAUUAGUUGUAAUGUACUUAAUAGUACAGAUAUAUCAUAUAAGGGAAGAGGAAAGUCUUAAUUACAAAAAAGGUUUAUUGUUAUAUUCAACCUGCUGGUGGCAGUAGUUGUUUAAAAACACAAUCAAAUAAUUCGAGUUCAGACAAUGUAAGAUAUAAGUAACAUUAUUCCUCUGUGUGUUGUAUUACUAGAUCUAUAUUUAUAUUUCCCCAUCGGGACAGUUUUAAACUCCACAGCUGAUCAAUCUUCUAAAGAGUUUAUAAAUACAAACAUGCUAUACAGUUGACAAAAAAAAAAAAAAUACAUUU